AUGGCUGGUAACAAACGCAGACGUGCUGACGAAGAUGGAGGUCUUGGUGAUGAAAAGACAGCUCAAACAUCCAAGUGCAAAGGAGCUACGACCAUUCCCAUCUUUCUAAAGAAAACCUACAAGAUGAUCGAUACUUGUGACCCCAAUAUUGCUUCAUGGACAGCAGAUGGCGACAUGUUCGUAGUCAAGGACCCUGAUGUCUUUGCAACUUCUGUCAUUCCAGCCUAUUUCGAUCACAACAAAUUCAGCUCGUUUGCCCGCCAAUUGAAUUUCUAUGGUUUCCGCAAGAUGCAAUCCAAGCCCAUUCGAAACAGCGACUUUGACGCCAACACGGCCAAGCAUGUCACCUUUUUCAAUGAGAAUUUCAAGCGCGGACGUUGCGAUUUGCUCAAAAACAUUCAGCGAUCCACUCGCGGCGGUGGCAACACGCCCGGCCAAGAUCAACAACGCGAAGUCCAAUCUCUCAAAGAUAAGAUUACCACCUUGGAGACGACCAUUACCGAAAUGGGCGCCCAGAUGGAAGAGCGGAUGCGUCGGUUGGAACUAGACAUGCUGGGACGCAUGGAACAAAUGAUGUUGGCCAUGCAACAGCAACAGCAGAAUGCCUUUUUGCAAAAGCAAGCAACAGCACCGACCUCCAACGACUCUAUUGCAUCCAAAGCAACCAUGAACACUCACAUGACUGCAGCCACCAAGAAUGCCUUUCAUGCGGCUAACGCUCAAAAUCUAUUGAGACCCUUUGGGGGCAUGGAUCCUUUGGCAGGCUAUGGAGGUCGGGCCACUUCGAUUGGAUCCUUUUCCGGGCUGCAAAAUCAUUUUGCUGGACUCGGAGAUUCUUCGGCUCUAGGCAUGGCCAAGAGUCUGGCGUCCCACCACGGUGCUGGUGGCGCUGGUGCUGCCUCUCAAGGUGGGGCCACUUUGCCUCCACAUCCCAAACAAAAGCAACUCCCAGGAGGUCCUGCCUCGAUUCCUUCCACUCUCAACAUUCCUCCUGGAAGACUCGCGUCGUUGGGCACUCUUUCCAAUCUAUCAAGAAAUAUUUCCAAUCUGUCUCGUGGAACUAGCAUCGAAUCCCAGUCAUCUGCCUUUUUGAACAAUCAUGCCUUUGAAGACAAGAUCUUUUCCAUGCUCGUGGCGGGUGAAAAACAGGCAGCCUUGAAUGCUCAACUCAACCUAGAUCCCAUGAAUCCAACCCCCAUGUCGGAUACCAUUUUGAGACAAGCCAUGGCCAAUGCCAAUGCGCAAAAUAAUGCCAAUGCCAUGCAUCACGCCAACAAUGCGGCGGCCAUGCAAGCUGCGAAUAACAUGGCCAAUUUGGCGGCGGCAAAUGCUGCUGCGGCGGCAAAUGCCAAUCAUAACAACAGCAACAGCAACAGCAACAGCAACAAUACGAAUAGCAGCAAUGCUUCCAUCGCAUCCGGUCCGGCUGCCGGGGUUAAUACGGCCAGAAUCUAA